AUGAGCUCCCCGCUGACAAUAACUGCAGUUCCAGCUCCGGAUCCAGCGCUGCAGUGCCCACCGCUUCGGGAGAGGAUGGCAUUCCAGCAUCCGGUGAUUGUCCAAUGGGGACAGCUAGUUCUCGGAUCAUUGGGCUACGUCAUUAGGUUAGUGACGCUUUAUCGGGCAGGCUGGAUACGAAAAUGGUGGCAGUUCAACUGA